AGGGAAUCAAAACAGAAAAUAUAGCGAACGUGCGUUUCCUAAGUUUUUGUGACGAAACAAUUGAAUUGACAUUGACCUUCCCACAGAAUGAAACGUUUGACCUGUCAUGAUUUGUAUGCUACAUACGCAUGUUUAUAUGGACCAAAUUUAAUGGAGCUGAUCGAGUUGCCACUCUGGAAUGAAUCAAACCACCAGAUAAUUGUUUCGUGCAGAAGAAAGUCACUGCAUCGGCGAAUCUCUAUCUCCGGGGAGAGGAGGUAAGCAUCAGUAAAGCGCACCGCUCGCCUCGCGUUCGCCUCGCGCACAUCAUCGCUCUAGAUCUCCUUCGCCGGUCUACAGGUUCGCCUGCGUUUGCUUUGCAUUCGCCUCUGCUCGCCCAUCAAACGCAAAGGAACAAAUAUUUAAGUAAAUAAAGCAGUGGGAAGCACUUACUUCGACUGCCAUCAUAGUUGCAGUUUCCAUUUUCAUCUAAAAUGUCCGCUGCGGGAACAGAGCCUGGUAAUGAGACACACGUGAUCGAACCAUCCCCAGAUUCUGGGGCCCAAGAUUCCGGGGCCCAAGAUUCAGGGGCCCAAGAUUAUGGGGCUCAAGGUUCCAGCCGUGUAUCUAGAUAUUUCAAGGUCGUUAAAGACAAAAUCAAGAAAACGCUCUCGCCUGACGAAGAAACAACCAUUCUAGGCCUAAUCACCAACAACAAGACUACUUUGACGAACCUGGUAAUUUCACUAGCAGUGCUUGGCCUUCAAUUUCUACUGAAUGCCGAAGUCUUUGACUGUCCCUUGGAGAAUCAUCAGAUUUAUGGCCGCUUCUGGUUGUACGGUCCAGCCACGAUUAUUUUCUUCCUCAACAUGCUACUCAUCGGAGACGUCUGGGAACUCUCUGACAGGUGUCUGGUGGCAGAUUAUUAUCAUUUUGGGUUCUUCUGUGGACGCACCUUUCCCAGCAUAGUCAAGGCACUGGUGGGGGCGUCUGUAUGGUUGUGCGUGGCAUUUUUACAAAAAGAUUACUACAUUUGCGGCGAGGUAGGGCCGGAUAUCCGCAAGAGAAACGUAACUGAUCCAGAGGAGCUCAAAAAGUACGACUUGGCAGUAGAGACCGCUGGGGCCCAAUCACAAAUUUUCGCCUGGGUAGUUUUCCUUGUCAUGGCUUUUUUCGCUACUGUGGUGAUUAUCAAUAAGAAUUGCAUACUCAAAGACCAAGAUAUCCUAGACGACAUAUGCACCUUUGAAGAACGGGAGGCGAAAUGGGCUAUUAAGACUUUUACUGAGUUCACUAGGGGUUUGCGCUGUGAAGAAGACCCCAGUGAAGACCACGACAAACAGGGAAAUAGCACUGCAGACAACAAAAGCAAAAGAAAAGGCGACGACCAGUUAGGAAAAGAAAAAGAGGAAGAGGUUAAGAUUACACUCUAUCCCGACGGAAUUCCGGAGAAAGGUGCCGAAAAAAUGGUCACAGAGAUGUUCAAAGGCUGGAAAGAUGAAAAACCAAACUGGCAUUACCGUGAUGCUUACGACGAUUUCGUUAAACUCUAUCCCAGAGCUGCUUCUGGCAAUCCUGGAAAAAGGUGGAGCACGACACAUUUAUCCGUGCAAUUUGCGAAAAAAGCGGGCUCAGGGAACAAUAGAAAUAACAAGUUGCCGAUCCACCGAUCAGAUAGCGGAAGCACACGUUUCGAAAUGCAGAAUUUGACAGUCCAAAGUGACAAAGUUGACGUUUCGAAGGAGGAACACCAGGAAACCACAAGUUUAAUCGCAGCUAAUUAAUUUGAGCAAAGAUUCUCAUUUCUUAGAAGGCAGAAACUAAGGAAUGGCCACUCCUUGAAACAUAUGGUGGUCGUGUUAACGGAACUUGGGAACUGUAAUUUAAAGUGGUAGGAAUACGCGCAAACAUCAGGCCUUCGCGAGUUAGUUCGCUUUUGACAGCGUAUCACUGAGGAAGGAGUUGUUAUAGAAACCGUAUAAAUUUCAUCUCCGCCAUUAACAAGUAUGUAUGAAGUAAUGACACUUAUGUUAAGCUUAAAAUUCCAAAGAGUGGCUCAUCUCUUUAAAAUUAUACUAAAUUGACUCGCGGACCGCCAUUUUUAGUAUUUCUUAGCAAUCUGGCCCAAAACUAAAAUCUAGUCUCUCCCUUUUUCUUGUCGCUGACUCUCAUGUUGUUAAAGCCGUUUCAAGUUAAACAUGUUUUGUUGGUGUGAAUUAAGCUUUGGAAGUUUACUUUUGUACGAUUAUUUAGUUCUUUUAGUCUUUGUUUAUUUUUGCACUAUUUACAAAUAAUUAUUUCAACAUUAAAGUACAUUAAAAAGGAGAGACAUAGGCAAAUUAAAUUACACAAGUAUUGAAAAGCAAAAUGUGCGCAGUGACCAAAGUAGUUGGCCACUGCCGCAGACAAUUAAUUGGCCUGAACAUGUACAUUAUAGGCAUUUACACAACAGUAAAAACCAAAGGAAACUACACUCAGGAAACAGAUUGAGUAUUUUAAAGAUACAUUUUGUAUUGCUUGUAGAAACAAUUAUACGAGUUUUUUUAAUUCAAAGGGGAUAGAUUCUCAGAUUUUUGAAGCUACAUAAGCAAACGUAGUAGUACCAUAGUUAUUACUUGCUCUUGUUCUGUAAAUAUUAAAAUUAGUCGCGAAUCUGG